CAAGUGUCAAAAGUCCGAGGUUUCAACCCCAACCGUGUCCUGCGAAGCAAGCCACGGGCAGAUGACCGGAAAUGGAUGCCAUAAAUUAAACAUCGAAAUAUCAAGUCAAAAAGGGUCGUCUCGACCUGAUCUAGUGUGGGAGUUUCUGAGAUAGCACACUCCAUCGACUUCUCUUUCCCUAAGCAUGGCGGCUGCUCUGAAACUCCUUGGGUUGGGAGCUUUGCUCUUCAGCCAGUCUUUCGCUCAGAACGAAACCACUCCCGGAUUUGACAGAUCCAACACCACCAUAGCCAAUGCAACUGCUUGGGCCUUUCCGGGACAGAACUUGACCACCAUCACAAUCGAAUACCAGCCCCCCACUGAGUUCGUCAACAACACCGGCUAUGCCUACAACAUCACCUACCCCCCCGUGCAACGCCGGGUGUCGUACUUCGUCAUGCACGACCUCGCCAUCAUCGACGGCGACGUCAUCUUCGGCUCCGAGGAGGAGCUCCUCGCACUCCGCGUCCCCGACGGCAACUCGACCGUGGUCCACAAGCGGGAUGGAGACCAACCCCAGAUACAGCGGCGAGCGCUAUCGCUGGGCAGGGAGAGCUCGCUCAAGUGGCCCGGCGGCCGCGUCGAGUACUACUGGGAGAGCCAGGCGACGAAGGACGCGCGGGUCGACAACUGGCUCGAAGCCACCAAGAUCUGGACCGACCGGCUGCCGUUCCUGAGCUUCAUCGACAAGGGAUCCUUCAAGACGGUGUCGACGGCCAACGGCCCCAUCGUGCUGAAGCUCGACAAGGGGAGCGUGUCGAGCUCUCCCGUCGGCCGUGCCCAGUCCGCUAACGGGAACUACCUCGUCCUGGGGGAUAUUGGCAGCGGGCCGGGCAAGGAUCUGGGCGUCUACGUGCACGAGAUCGGACACACCCUCGGCCUAAUCCACGAGCAGAUGCGCCCCGACCGCGACGCCUACAUCGACCUGGACUGCACGCGCGUCUGCGGCUCCUUCGUGAUGAAGCCGCCGCCGCACGAGAACGAGGUGGACCACUGCACCGACGCGCACUGCUCGCCGCCCACCUGCAUCGACUACGGCUGCAACUUCCACAAACUGUCGCCCACCGACGCGUCCGUUGACUGGUCCGGCCCCUACGACGUCCUCUCCAUCAUGCAGUACGGCGCCUCCAGCUUCGCCCGCCCGCCCUCCUACCUCCCGCCCAUGACCCCGGCGAAGCCCGGCAUCCCGCUGAGGGGCGGGAACGGCGUCGUGCCGACCCUGCUCGACCUGCAGAGGGUGUGUAACCUCUACUACGAGGACUGUCGCGGGAUCUGUGGCGACGGCAUCCUCUCGCCCAAUAAUGGCGGGGAGGAGUGCGACGACGGGAAUAACGUGUCCGGCGACGGGUGCGAGGCCGAUUGCAAGGUGUCGCCGGCGGUGUGCGGGAACGGCGUCCUGGAGCCGGGGGAGGCGUGUGAUGAUGGGAAUUUGGUGGCUGGCGAUGGGUGCGAUGCUACCUGCCACGUGGAGUUUUGCGGGGACGGAAUCGUACAGCCCGGGAUCGGCGAGGAGUGCGAUGAUGGGCCUGCUGGGAGCUCGGAUUGUACGCCAGCUUGCAAGAAGGCGUGUCUGCAGGCGUGUGACCCGGAUCCGAGGUUUAAUGGGUGUGGGCUCACUGCUAGCUGUAUCGCGGUCGUGGGAGGGACCGGGGCGGCGGGCGCGGGGGCGCAUUACUGUGCUUGUGCGCAUGGCUUUAGGGGUGCUGGGGUCGCGCCCGGGGACGUGUCGGCACAGAUGAGGUUGCCGUGGGUCGGGCAGGAGGGGAGGGUGUUUGUGAGGCCCGGCGUGCAGUGCAACGUGCUCUGCGACCAGUGGACACUCGGGAGAGAUGGGUGCGCCGAGGUCGAGGAGAGGGCGAUGUGUUAUUAG